ACCCCUAUACAUAUCAUGACUUCACCAUCAUCCAUCUCUUGCAUUCUCCAUCUCACUACCAAUAUGGUGGAAGUGAGAGUUCCAAACUUGGACUGCCAUGGCUGUGCUUCCAAGCUCAAGAGAGCACUUUUCAAGCUCAAAGGGGUGGAAGAGAUUGAAAUAGAAAUGGAAAUGCAGAAAGUGGUGGUGAAAGGCUAUGGUUUGGAAGAAAGGAAAGUGCUGAAAGCCAUCAAGCGAGCCGGGAAAGCAGCCGAGCCGUGGCCGUAUCCGGGUUACUCCUCCCAUGUUGCUUCCUUCUACAAGUAUCCUACUCAUAUCGCCAAUGAGUACUAUUACGACAGGAACCAAGCCGCCGCCGGACACAAUCUUCAUACCUUCUUUCACACUCCUUCGCUUUAUUCCGUCGCUAUUGCCUCCGAUGAGGCCGUUGCCUCCCUUUUUAGCGACGAAAACCCGCAUGCUUGUACCGUCAUGUAAAAGCUAUAUUUGUUUGUUCGUUAUUUGAUUUUGUUUUGAAGUUUUGUUGCCAAGCAUGUUGCUUACUGUAUGUAUGUUGAGACAGAAUUAAUUCGUUUCAAAUUAAUUUCCUAGGGACAGUUUGGUUUUAGUUUUUAGCUUGAGUAAGUUACCAUUUCUGUCCCUAUGAUUUGUUAAAAGUUGCGAUUCUCAUCCCUAUGAUUUAGAAAUUGCAGUUUUCAUUCC